GGAAGGCCCCGCGGGAAGCACUGAUGCUGCAAUCUUUGGGCCUCCCCCGAGCACGCGUGGACUGGGGCAGGGAAGGGAGGCCGGGCUGCUCGAACGAGAGCCGUAUUCCCAGAAAGGGCAGAAUCCUUGCCCCGCGAGGGAAUCGAGCACGCCCCAUUCCGAGUGAGUCCCGAGCCACUCAGCGCUGGAGGCCGAGCCCUUGUCAAUCAUUACCUCUAUCUACUGUCCUAGAAAGAAGAGUAGCCAAUAGAGCGGCGCCCGCCUUCCUCCGAAGCCCCGCCCCACAGGAAAAAAAAAACCCAUGGACGAAGGCGGUAUCUGCGCAAGCGCACCUAAGCGCGACAGCUCGCGGCGGUUGGAGCGGGACGGGGCAGCUCCUUUUCCCGCCCCAGUGCUUCCGGCGAGGAGGGCGGGUUUGGGAAGGUUGUUGCUUAGCGACGGACAGCGCCGGCCCCGAGGCGGGAGAAGGGAGAGGAAUGGUUCGAGGAGGUGGCGGCGACGGCAACGGCGACCGCGGCAGCGGCUGCGGAAUGGACAACAGCCUGGCCGUGUUUUCCUUCCGGGGCAGCUCCUGCAAAGCCACGCCUCCGAGGAGGCGGAGCUAUUACCAACCAUCGCCGGAGCGAGAGCUAGGCAGAGGAGGCGGGGCCCGGACUGCGGUCCUAAGCCCAUUGAGACCACGUCAACUCAGUCCCCCAGCUUCUCCUCCAGCCCCCACAUCCCCAAAUUUUGAUGAGUCAUGGCCUUCCACAAGCCUCUCAUCCCCCUCUGAUCCCCCUGAAGAACAGACAGACCAAUUAGGAGACUCUGUGCUUGCCAGGUACAUGGCUCGGUUCCGGCAGGCUCAGCCCACCAGCCGCCAGGAACGGCAGGCAGCAGGCCCCACAGCUGCUGACUUCUGGUGGCUGCAGCCCCCAGCCCUGGGCUUUCCUGGUCCCUCAGCAGAUGAGGAGGCCGGAGGAGGCAGCCUCAACCCAGCCAUCCCAACACAGACUGGGCCGCAGGGGGCAGGAGCGUCUAGGAUGGAAGCCUGCGUGUCAGGGACACAUGAGGGCCACAUUUCUCCACUGGAAGCCUCUGACACAUCCGUGUUGGACCUCGAGACCCUGAGUCUCCAGGACAGGGCAGCCCGGCUUCUCCUCCAAAGUGAGAUUUCUUCCAGCAGUAGUAAUGAAGUCACCUCCAUCCCAGUCAGCUCUGACGGCCUUCCCUCCCCCUCCCCACCCUUCACCUCUGACCCUGGAGCAGGCCCCCACCCCAGGGAACCAGCCCCAUUGACAAGGACCCAGGUCCCUGUGCCAUCUGUGGCCCACCCAGAGAAUGAUAUCCUCUCUCAGUGGCGUCUCCGGAGGAAGAUGGAACUGGCCCAGGAGGUGUGUGCAGAUGGGCCCCAGGCCCAGUCCUGGCUCCCCAGCAGGGCCUUGGUCACUGUCACCCACGGUCAGCCUAAGCCUCACCAGAUAUAUGCCCCAGGACCCACUGUUGCUAACCAGCUGAACUCUCUAGUCCCCCCCACUAACCCCCAGCCGAGCCCCCCGGUCCCCCUCUGUGGGCCCCAGCAGGUCUCCCCAGUCCCCCUCUGUGGGCCCCAUCAGGUCCCCCCAGUCCUCCUUUGUGGGCUCCAACAGGUCCCCCCAGUCCUCCUCUAUGGGCCUCAGCAGAGCCCUGCUGUCCUCUGUCAACAUGAGCUAAAUUCCACAGUUUCCCUCAAUAUUCCCCAGCUAAACUCACCAGUACCUCUUAGUCUUCCUCAACCAUGCCCUCCAAACUCCCCCUAUACUCCCCACCCAAGUCCUGUGGUGCCUCUUUGUACGCCUCAGCCAAACCCCCCUGCCCUGCGUUGUGCUUCCCAGCCAAGCCCCCAGCCAGCAGUUCCAAAUUCCCUUGCUACAUGUCAGAGCUCUUUCCAUCUCCACUCUGCCUCUCCAGAAACAGGUUGCAAAAGAUUCCAGUCUGGGGCCUUUCUCCCAAGUUCUAGGGGCCCCUCUGAGCCUAAGAGACAGGACCACAAGCCCAAAAAGGCCUGGAACCCAGAUAGCAAAAGCCGAACUCCCAGGCCAGGGCCGAUGCUGAGAGGGGCCAUGGAGCAGGUGGUGGCUGCUCGUCUCUUCCCAGGACCUUCAGAAGACUUCCCCUCCCCCUGUGAGGCCCCCCCUUCUGUUGAGACCCCCCUUCCUCCUGCUGAGACCCCACCCUCCAGGGAGCUGCUGGCUUUAGCUUCUGGGUUACUGGAAGCUGCAGAAGACUCAGAUGGGACAGACUUUGAAGAAGAUGCUCUGCUGCAGGUGCUUCGGGCCCGGCGUUCAGAACUUCGGUCGUGCUUGAGGAAGGUUGACAAGUGCCUGUCCAAGACCAUGGACCCCAAGAACUUGAGGCCCAAUUUCCAGCCAGCCGGAACAUUGGGCUCCCCCAAUGAGAUCUCCAGCAGACAUAGGAUUGAGGAAUAAACGUUCAAUAAAUUGCA